AUGUCCAAGACGAUAGAGAUCCAGUCCCCGGAGCAGUUCAGCGAGCUGCUCGGCAAGUCGCGCAUCGUAGUCGCCGAUUUCUAUGCCAACUGGUGCGGGCCCUGCAAGCAGAUCGCCCCCUUCUUCGAGCAGCUUUCGCAGUCCCUCUCGCGGCCGAACAUCGCAACGUUCGUCAAGGUUAACACGGAAGGAGACGGUGCCAAGGAGGUCGCCAAAGCCUAUGCCGUCACCAGCCUUCCCACCUUCAUAAUCUUCCGCGAUGGCAACAAGGUUGACAGCGUAAAGGGUGCGGACCCCAGCAGACUCAAGUCUAUACUCGAGAAGCUUGGCAACGAGAUCGAGACCGCAGGCGAAGCCGGAAGCGGCAGCGGCGGCGGCGGCGGCAUGACUUGGCUGGGUGCGGAUCUGCCCCGGGGCUACACUGACAUCUCGGACAUCAUCGACAUACGUGGCCUGGAAUUGCUGAAUGCGGACAGCGAAUUCUCUGUCCGUACUCUGUUGCACAAGCCCAAGCCUGCCGCGCUAGGGAAGAGCAAGUCGGAGGCCAAGGACUGGGUGGAGAGUGACACGGACGAGCAGCUACUGCUCUUCAUACCCUUCAACUCCGCUGUUAAGCUCCAUACGAUACAGAUCACGUCAUUGCCUCCUGCGGCUGAGGAGGAUGACGACGAAGACGAGAUCCCGAUGCGGCCCAAGACCAUCAAGCUCUUCACGAACCGGCCUCACAAUCUCGGCUUUGAUGAAGCCGAGGACAUCCAACCCACCCAAGAGAUCGUGAUUGGUGAGAACGACUGGAACGCCAACGGCACCGCUAACAUCAGCCUGCGGUUCGUCCGGUUCCAGAACAUCUCCAGCCUCGUGCUUUUCGUGGUGGACGGCGACGGCGACAGCGAGAAGGUGCGAUUGGACCGGGUGAGGUUGAUCGGGGAGAGUGGCGAGAAGCGGGAGAUGGGCAAAUUGGAAAAGAUCGGGGACGAGCCGGGCGAGUGA